AUGAUUUAUUAUCUAGUCAUCAUUUCGAUUUUAGUGGGAUCAUAUACAGUAUUAACAAAUAAUAACAUAUUAAAUAAUUUUGAAGAAAAUCUUCUUUAUAAACAUAUUAAAACAAAAACUAAUUUGGAUUUAUUCUAUCGAAAAUUUAUUAAUACAAAUAGUAUAGAUAAUUUAAAAGUGAUACAAAAUAUUCAUCAUGAUAAUGAUAUUCGAGAUUUGAAUAUAGAACAUAAAUGUUUUCAAUCAAUAAAUGAUCUGUUUAAUGUUUUCAAUAUUCAACAAGAUAAUAUAAAUGAUAGUUUAACUGUUGCUGAUAUCCAACGAUUAUUACCUGGUCUUGUUUAUGCUAAAUUUAAUACUGAAUGUCGCGAAUCAAAAGGACAUGCAACAUGGAAAAAUAUUUUGAUCGGUUUGAUUGCUGUUACUUUUAUUAAUUGCUCAGCAUUGACUGGUGCUUUUAUAUUGCCAUUCCGAAAAAAAUCUGCUUUUAAAUGGAUACUUAGUACAUUUAUUGGUAUAGCUGUAGGUACACUGACAGGAUCAGGGAUAUUCCAUUUAAUUCCUAUGGCAUUUAACAUUCCAAAACUUGAUACUUAUCAUCGCUAUCUUAAUACAGCUCUUGUCACAAUGAUUGCUAUCUAUAUAUUUUAUAUGCGUGAUCAACUAUCAAGAAUUUUCUUAAAUAUUGAAACAGUUAUAUGUACACAUAACCAUGAAUGUGAUGAAAUAUCAAUCUUGAUUGCAAGUAAAUAUCUCGAUAAUCUAAUAGAAAAUUUAAAAGCAAUGAAAGCAGCUGGAUGGAUGAUUUUUAUUGGAGAUAUGUUACAUAAUUUUAUUGAUGGUUUAACAUUAGGUGCAGCGUUUAUGGUAUCAAUUGGUGAAGGUCUUCGAAUGACUUUACCAAUAGCAUGUGAAGAAUUUCCACAUGAACUUGGUGAUCUAGCUGUUUUACUUAGUAGUGGUUUAACUAUUGGACAAGCAAUCAUAGUUAAUUUUCUAUCAGCUUGCAGCUGUUAUCUUGGAUUUUUCGUUGGCGCAAAAUUAGGAGAAUUAGAAGAAUUUCAUCCAUGGAUAUAUGCUUUAGCUGGUGGAAUGUUUGUGUAUAUUGGUCUUGCAGAUAUGAUACCAGAACUUGUUGCAAUGGGUGAUGAAAUAGAAAAAGAUUAUAUUGACACGAAAAAAUCCAUAACAACAAUUUUAAAACUUAAAAUAUUAUUAUGUCAAAAUAGUGGUGUUAUUCUUGGUGUUAUUAUCAUGUUUCUACUCGGGAAAUACGGUACACAUUUAGAAAGUCUGAUUGAAUUCUAG